AUGGAGGUGACGUUCGAGACGACGCAGGGUCGCCGAUUCACCGUCGAGAUCUGGUACUUGUCCACCGUGCGGAGGAUCAAGGAGUACAUCCUGAAGCAGGAGGGCAUCCCCGUGGAGUCCCAGCGCCUCUUCUUCCAUGGCCAGGAGCUCGAGGACGACCGCGACACCCAGCACUACCCCAUCGUGGAGGGAUCCCACGUGCUCAUCGUCCUGCCGGACGACUCCCCCACUGCCGCCGGCGCCGUCGUCCACGUCGUCGCCUCCGGGCCGGCCCUCGGCCAGGGCCGCCGCAUCGCGCUCGAACUGGACGCGUCCUGCACCAUCGCCCGCCUCAAGGAGAUGCUCCAGGAGCGCACAGACGGGGCGGUGCCGGCCACAAAGGUGAGCGUGUUCUUGGAGGAGGCGGAGAUGGAGGAUGACAAGGAGCUGGCGCAGUUCAACCCGCCGGCCGAUGGGACGGAGAUGGAGGUGCGCGUGGUCGUGCGCCAGCCGCCGCCGCCGCCGCCAGCGUGCGACAACGGGAACGGGGCGGCCAAGGUUAACAAGCCGCAGCAGCGGAUGUCUGUGGAGGUGAAGUGGGGCGCCAAGGCGGUGACGUUGGAGGUGAGCGACAUGGACGCCGUCAAGGAGCUGCGGGCGGAGCUGGGCGGCGCGGCGCCGCACCUCCUCCUGCCCGACGACGGCGCCUACUUCUUCAUCUACAAGCAGAAUGUCAUGGAGGAGGAGCGCACGCUGCGCUGGCACGACGUCAAGAGCGGCGACACCAUCGAGAUCUUCAACGGCAGGGUCACCGGAGGCGCUUGA